CUAGUUGUUUGAAAAUGGCAGACGCUGCCAUGUCUCAGAGCCGCAAGCCAGGAGGCUCGGCAUUCAAGCAGCAGCGCUUGCCGGCAUGGCAGCCAGUGCUGACGCCCAAAUCCGUCAUUCCCGUUUUCCUCAUCAUUGGCAUUGUCUUCAUCCCGCUCGGCAUCGGGUUUUUGGUCUCGUCGAAUGGAGUCAAGGAGGUCGAGGUGGACUACACGGACUGCCAGGGCAUCGGCCCGUGGGCGGGACAGACUUGCGCAGAAGUUGCUGCCGAUUGGCACAACUCUGGCUGCCAGUGCCAAAUCCAAGUGACCAUCGACGAGGACUUUGACAGCACGACCUACAUGUACUAUGGCCUGACCAACUACUACCAAAAUCACCGUCGCUACGUCAAGUCGCGCGACGACGCCCAGCUACACGGCCUCAGCCCGCUGCUCACCGACUGCGACCCGCUUGACACUGGCUUGAACGCCAACAACCAGUCGACCACGAUGGCGCCGUGCGGUCUGAUUGCCAACUCGCUGUUCAACGACACCAUCACCCUGUUUGAGCUUGGAAGCACCACCGUCCCCUAUGCAGUCACCGCCACCGGCAUUGCAUGGAGCUCGGACGUUGACACAAAGUUCUCCAACCCUUCGUCGUUCGCCAACACGGUCAAGCCCCCGAACUGGCCCGCGAACGUGACCACCUACCUCUCUUCGAGCAACCCCGUACACCCCAAUGGCGAGGCGUACGAGAACGAGGACUUUAUCGUUUGGAUGCGCACGGCCGCGCUGCCCAACUUCCGCAAGCUCUACCGCAUCCUCGACGCGCCCCUCGCGGCAGGCACGUACGACAUUACCAUCGACUACCGGUACCCCGUCGCCGUCUUCUCGGGCAACAAGAAGAUUAUCUUUUCGACCACCUCUUGGCUCGGUGGCAAAAACCCCUUCCUGGGCAUUGCCUACAUUGUUAUUGGCAGCCUCAAUCUGAUCUUUGGCCUCGCCUUCCUCGCUCGCCACUGCAUUGCCCCACGAGCACUCGGCGACUCUGCCUACCUCAAGUGGGCUGCCCCUACUGCGAACAACUAGUUGCGCAAGCAUUUGGCGUUGAGCAGAACAACAAAGCAAUUCAAAAAUACCAUGGUCUGUUUGUGUAUUUUUUGAGUCUGUUGCUGUGUUGGCGUGAGUAUGUGUGUGUGUCUGUGUGUCUGUGUGUCUAUGUGUCUGUGUGUCUAUGUGUCUGUUGUUGUUAUUUCGAUAAACCGUUUGCAAAACAA